UGUUUCCUUCCGUUGUUGGGGGAUUUUUCCUGCGUUUUCUCAUGAUUCUUGGUAGGUUUGAGCUGAAAAGUAACUCGAGAUGGUUGACGUCUGAUGAUGGGAGUGAGAGAGAGAUUAGUACUCCAUUAUUUUCAGGUUCUCGUCAUUCGGCUUGGGAAAAAGCCUUAAUUUUUUCUUAGCUAGGGUUUACUAGAUUGAGGAAUUUUUCCUUUUCCCGCUCUUCCAUCUCUAUGCAGUUGAUUGAUUCGCUACCCCAAGAGAUGUCUUUGAAUGCGUUUUCUGGUAUUUUGGUGUGUGGUCGGCGUUUGGAUGAAUCAAUGGUGUGGGAUUUUCCUAAAUUCUUUCUAAUUUUGGUGAUAUGUGGGUUGAUUUAGUUUGUCGCGGGCCCUUGUAAGCUGCUUCUGAAGUGAAGGCUUGCUUGCUUGGAUCAUUUCCAUUCCAUUAUAAUCUGUAUCCUCUCGAAGCGAGGACAAAAGAACGUUAUGGAGCUCUUAUUGGGUGUUUAUAUGCUUAGUGUAGGCAAUUUGAUGGUGGAUGUGGCUGUCGAUAGGAAGGUCUCAAAUCGAGGAGUUAUAAUAGGAUAGAUAAAGCCCGGCAGGAAACUAAGGAUACAAAAAGCUGCUUGUUUUUGGCUAAGGGUCUUUGCAAGAAGUGCCCGUCUGGGUGGCCCUGCCUAGGACAGGGAUUGUUUGUUCGGUUCUUGGUGGAAGGUCUUGCAGUAUCAAGGAGGAUGUUUCGUUGCCAGGGUUGAUAAGUUCCAUGGCUUUGUAUGUGAUCAUGUCUCGGACCGGUUAGUGCAAGUGAGCUACUUCCUCUGUUUGUUUACUGAACUUACCAAAGCCCUCCCAGUUGCAGUAACUUACCUUAACACUGAUAUGACUGGAAGACAAAUUACAGAAACCGAGUCUGCUGUAAUGACCUUUCAGUUACAUUAUACAGGUUUUGAUUUUCUAGCCAUGGAGAGUACCUCGAGUGAAGAUGAUGGAUCGCUAAGAGAUAACAAUGUGGACCUUAAUGAUGACAACAUGGACCACCACAUGACAUUGGAGGUCAGCAGUCACUUGGUUGAAGCGGACAAUCUGUUCUCUUCCCAUCAGCAGGGCACUGAGAAUCUUGAACCAUUUGUUGGUAUGGAGUUUGAAUCUGAAGAAGCUGCAAAGCUAUUCUACAUGGCCUAUGCUAGUCGUGUGGGGUUUUCUGUGCGUAUCAGCAAGUCCCGUCGUUCAAGAAACGAUGAGUCCAUCAUUAUGCGGCGUUUUGUGUGUUCCAAGGAGGGCUUCCAUUUGAAAAAGGGUAAUUAUGAUGAUGGCAAGAAGAAGAGAAAAAGGGCCACUAUAAGAGAAGGUUGCAAGGCAAUGAUUGAGGUAAUUCAAAAGUAUUAUGGCAGAUGGGUUGUUACAAAGCUUGUCAAGGAGCAUAGUCAUGUUGUGGCAGCACCAAACAGGGUGCGUUAUGUUGUACCUGAGGAAUAUGCUCAAGCAGACCCAUAUGUUGGAAUGGAGUUUCCAUCUCAUGAAGCUGCCCAGACAUACUAUUAUGCAUAUGCCAGCCGUAUUGGGUUUGAUGUCCGUAUUAGGCUGUCCCGUCGUUCUACAAGGGAUGAGACCUUUGUCAUGCGGCGGUUUGUAUGUACAAAAGAGGGUUUCAAUCCGUACGAAGACAAUUAUGACGAAAGCAAGAAAAAGAGGAAUCGAACUCCCACGAGGGAAGGUUGCAAGGCAAUGUUUGAGGUAAUUAAAAAAGAUUAUGAUAAAUGGAUCGUUUCUAAGCUUGUCACAGAGCAUACUCAUGAUCUUGCAAUUGCACCAAGCAAGGUGCAUUAUAUUCAGUCUCAAAGUGAAGUAGUUGUUCUUGCAAAAAGUGGUACCAUUAAUCAUGAGAAGUCAGCAACUCCAUCUAACUCAAAAGCACUACUGGUUGAAUCUCUUGGGGGAUUCAAUAACGUUCUCUCAAAUGAUCAAGAUUAUAGGAGUGAUAUGAAAAAUGUUGGGAAAAAUGCAUUUGGAGUGGAAGACACUCAAAAUCUUUUGGAGUAUUUUAAAAGGAUGCAUGCAGAGAACCAGACAUUCUCUUAUGCAUUUCAAGUUGACAAAAAUAAUUGCCUGACGCAUGCAUUCUGGGCUGACGCAAAAGCUAAGAUGGCUUACUAUUGCUUUGGUGAUGCUGUUACCUUUGACACAUCAUUUAAGGAGGAUAAAAACAUGGUGCCAUUUGUCAUGUUCACAGGUGUCAAUCAUCACUUGCAGUCUGUAAUUUUUGGAUGUGCCUUGAUUACGGAUGAGACAGAAGCUUCAUAUGUUUGGUUAUUUGAGAAUUGGCUAGUAGCUAUGUGUGGACGCCCUCCAGUUUCACUAAUUACUGACUACCAUGAGGACAUGGGAUCAGCAAUUUCAAAGGUGUUCCCAGCAACUCGUCAUCGAUUAUGCAAGUGGCAUAUAUUAAGUAAGUGCAAGGAAAAGCUGGCUAAUUUGUAUCUAACAUGUGUUACUUUCGAAGAGGAAUUGGAAAAGUGUAUCAAUGAGUCUGAAACAUUUGAAAUAUUUGAGUCACAGUGGAAAUCUAUCCUUGAUAAGUAUGACCUGGGAGAGAACUCGUGGAUGCAAUUUUUAUACAGUAUUCGGCAAAAAUGGGUUCCCGUGUACCUUAAGGAUACAUUUACUGCAGAAAUCUCAGCAAUCCAAAGACCAGAAAGCUUGAACAAGUUCUUUGAGAAGUACUUUAAUAUGAAGACACCUUUGCUGGUCUUUGUUUCUCUAUUUGAACAAGCAAUGGCAGGAUGGUAUGAAAGGGAAAACUUAGAAGAUUUAGCUACAUCAUUUACCAGACCAAUUUUGAAGACUCCAUCAAACAUGCUAAAGCAAGUAGCAGACUACUACACAAGAACAAUAUUUGAUAUAUUUCAGGAGGAAUUUGUUGAAUCACUGGGUUAUUAUGUCGAUAAGAUUCAGGAUGGAGAGGGUAGCAAGUAUAAUGUUGCAAAAGAGGAGGAUGCCCGUACUACAUACAUUGUCACUCAUGAUUUCUCAGAAAAGAGAACAAAUUGCAGUUGCUGCAAGUUUGAAACUUCUGGCAUUUUGUGCAGGCAUAUAUUGAGAGUCUUCCUAACAAUUGAUGUUCGUGUGCUCCCAGAUUAUUACAUAUUGAAGAGGUGGACGAAAGAUGCCAAAAGUGGCUUUAUGUUGGAUGAAUGUGUAAGGUACAAUGAACUUUAUCGUGAUGCUGUUAAAUAUGCAAAAGAGGGUUCAACAUCUGCUGAGGCUUACACAGUUGCAAAAGAUUCGCUGCAGAUCGCUUUUGCAGAUGUUAUUGCAGCAAAAAAAGACCUCAUGAACCGAUGUCCGAUGUAACAAUGGCAAGGUUCUGGGUUGUGGAAUUGGUACAUAUAUGAAUCAUGCUGCCCUGACCUGUAGACUUAUGGAGUUCAGAAUUUUAUCUGUUUUCCUUUUUUCCUUCUUUUUUAAAAGUAAUGAUAUGUUGCAGUUCGUUUCAAUACUUCAAUAGAAUAUAGCAGCCAUAGCAAGUCAUCCUUAUCCCAUCUGCUAGAAUUGGUUUUGGUUUUCUGUAUAACUUUUCCACCAAAGAAGUAAGGAAAUGUGUUGCAGGAAA